GGGCAAUGGCUGCCCUGCAGGUGCCCAAACGGCUGCUGGGAAGUCGGCAGGCCGCGGGCGUUCUCUCCCGGUGAGGCCUGGCCGAACGCGCUCUCGGUGGGGCGGAGGCCUUGUCGGCGGAGACCUUCACUCGGUACCUGCCCUUAGAACGUGCUCGGAGCGACCACAGCGACCGAGUCACAGUGCUCAGCGCAGCCCUGGUGGUGGGUACUGUUCUCCACACUGGGUGGAAUCACAGGGUCCGAGUGACCCGUCAGGCGGCAGUGUCUGCUUUCGUGCCGAGUCUAGUGCCUCGUGGUUGCUGGGCGGGGUAGCUCCGGCCUCAGGGGCAGGCUCGCAGGGUCAGCCCACCGUCUCCACCACUGGACAAUUCUUUAUAUUUAAGAUACACAAAAAUGAAAAGAAAGGUAGGAAAAGCUGGGAAGCUGAGAUUGAGUCCUAACGAGGAAGCCUUCGUUUUGAAGGAGGAUUAUGAAAGAAGGCGAAGAUUGAGAUUGCUCCAGGUUCGAGAACAAGAAAGAGGCAUCGCUUUCCAGAUAAGAGAAGAUGUGAAACAGAGGAGAAAUCAGCAACUCACUCGCUUGGCUGAGGAGCUCAGGGCAGAAUGGGAGGAAGCCCAAAGCCAGAAAAUACAAAACUUGGAAAAAUUGUAUUUGGCAAGUUUAAGGCAUAUGGGAGAGGGACAUCAACGGGCCAAAGAAAAUGAACCUGACGUGGAUGCCGUGGCUCGGCGGGCAACGGAAAGAAAAAGAAAAGCAGAAAUGAGGCAUAAGGAGGCCCUGAAAGUACAGAAGAGUCAAAAAGAAAUGUUAACGAAGCAGAAAACCAGGCAUAUAAAAGCUCGAAAGGAAGCACUGCUUGUGGAGAGAGAGAGAUCGGCCAGAAUAACCAGGUUGCCAGCUCCUGUUCCAGCCCCUUUUGAGAACAUUGAAGUAAACAGAAUUUCUUCACUGAAAACCAACAGUUCCACCUACCAUCACAUUUCCACAUUUGUGAGUAGACAGAUGGACACCAAGCAGCCAGAUGCUCAUUUGGCUGCUGAAGAAGAAGCUAGGCGGUUGGAGGAACUACGUAAGCAGGCGACACAGCAGAGACUGGUGCAGUGUGAGAAGGCCCAUGUGCGGGGCUCCCAAGCCAUGAAGAAGCUCCAUCUGGCCCAGAACCAAGAGAGGCUCAUGGAAGAACUCAGACAGCUACAGAAAGAGGACCUGGCACGGAGGAGACAGGCUGUAGCACAGAUGCCAUCACAGCUCAUUGAACUUCCGUACAAGCGCAGCGAGUUGAAAGAAGACUGGCAGAGAGAGCUGGAGUUCGCCUUUGAAGAUGUGUACAGUGCGGACAGGAAGGUGAGAGGAAACCUGAUUUUGCAUCUUGAGCCAGAGCCUUUGCCCAGUGUGACUGAUCAGCUCAAAGAUGAAGAACUUGACCUUUCAGUGGAACAAGAAACCGAGAACCCUCAAGUGCCAGCUGCUGAAAUGCCAUGUUCUAGUGAUGCAGACGGACCCUUGGCAGUGAAGUCCCAACAAAUCCCUUCAAAAAUUCUUUUUAGAAGAUUACUAAAUAAGAUUCGAAGUCAGAAAUCUCUCUGGACGAUUAAAUCCAUGUCUGAAGAUGAAAGUGAAGUGCUGACAGAACUCAGUGAGGCCGAGAAUCAGUCAACUGCGGAUGCUGGAGCGGCUGCCAGCGAGGAGAGGACCAGCUCUGAGCAGGAACGAGUCGUGGACAGUGAUAGGCUGACCAUUGAGUCUCAACCGCUGAGCAGCGACGAGAAGCCGUUCUUUUGCCAAGCAGGCCUGGGAAAGGAGCAAGCAACGACUGCGUCCCCACCUGUCACAGCUGUGGCUCCAAAUUCAGUUCUGCUUCAUCCUCAGGAAGAAGCAGUCAGAGUUAGGAUGUCAGCAAGGCACAAACAGAUGAUGGAGCUAGAAGAGCAGAAGCAAAAGCAGCUGGAAUUACUUGAACAAAUUGAGCAACAGAAAUUACGAUUAGAAACUGAUUGUUUCCGGGCUCAACUGGAAGAAGAAAAAAGAAAGAAAACUCAGCAGACUGAGGUUGGCCUUGCUCCAGCAUUGUGUGCUGUGAUUUCUGAUGAAGACAGCCACAGGCAGAUGAUUCGUAACUAUCAACAGCAGCUUUUACAACAAAACAGAUUACACAAGCAGUUUGUUGAAACUGCCAGAAAACGAUUACUCGAGUUCCAGACUACGUUAAAAGAAAGAUACCCAUCCCUGUCGGCCACAUCACCGAUACCUGAUUCUGUUAUAUCAGAACCACAACAGAGAUCAAGAACACCUACUCCUGUAUCAGAGCAGUGGGAUCAGACCCCGAGACUUAAGAUGAACAGACAUCAACCUGUGCAACCCAGGCAGAACCCCAUAUUAGAUCAAGGACACAUUCAGGUACCAAGACGGGAUCAUUUUCCACAGGUAGAAACACUAGGCACUUCAGAUGUGUUAGCCAAGGGGCCUUUGGAAUCACAGGAACAUCUAGAGCAGUUGUCUCAGGUGGGGACACAUGAGAGAGAUACUCCGUUGGUCCCUAGAGAUUUGGAUUCACUUUCAACAGCUUUGUUUUAUGACAGACCACAGACAUUACAGGGUGCUCAGAAAGCAGCCGAAGUGUUAAGGGCAACGGCAUUUCACACAUUGGAUCCCCAGCAAGUAUCAUCCGAGGAUACCGAAAAUGUGUCUUUUAGGCCAGCUGACAGUCCUUCAUUCCUCCCGCUGGUGCCUGAGUGCUCUUUUACUAGUCUCCCGGUCAAAGCUGCACCUGGGAAAGUUCAGGAGCCCUUUCCAGCCAAAAGCAAAAGUGCAGCUUCCAUAAGCCAGUCUGUAAUCAAUCAAAGGCAUGAUCAGACUGUGUCAGCAGAGACUAUCAGAGCCCAGUGGGGCACCUUAAAGACUCUCCAAGAGCAGUUAGAACUACAGAAGGAAGUUCUUCAGGCAAGACUGGGAGCUCAGAAAGAACUGGAAAAGCAGGCUGGCUUCCCCGUGUUCCCCCUAGGAGUGGCUGGAGGGUCAUCUGCUUCACUGGCAUCUGCCAGAGCCGAAUCGGGGAGAAGCCAGGAGACUUCAAGGAAGAGGGAUGCUGCUGCUUCCUCAGGCAGUGUGGACAGGCCUCGGGGCUUUUCACAAUCCGUCUCCUCACAGCAAAACAGUUUAGAAUUUCUCCAAGAACAGUUGAGUAUUCAGAGGGAUUGCCUUCAAGCCAGGCGGGAGGCCCAGGAAGUCUUGUUUGCACAUAGACAGAGGGAGCUGGAUCGAAGUACACGUUUUGAACAGGCUGAGCCCUGUUUGCCAUACCAGGUGGCUCAGCAUCCCUUUACUUCACUACCAUUUGCUGACAAACAGUCUAGGGAAAUCCAGGAACAGCCUUUACCUGCAAGUGAGAAAGGGCUUCUCUCAAGCCAGUCUGAAAUCUCAAGACCUGAGGAUGGGCCUUCAAGUUUCCUACAGCAGUUUCUACCUCUACGGUAUAGUUUAAAGUUGUUACAAGAUCGACUGACUACACAGAGGGAUCUGUUUCAGGCUAGACAUGGUGCCCAAAUGGAGCUACAUUUACAUAGACAAAGGAAUUUGGGAGACAGUAAGUCUGGGCCAAUGAAUUUUUCAUUCCCACCAGUGGUUGCUCAGCAUUCAGAUGGUCCUCCAGCAGUUAUUGAGACUGAGCCUAGGAUAGUUCAGCGACUGUAUUCAUCUGAGGAGGAUAUAGUUCCCUCUGCUGAUUUGACCAUCCCGACACUUCAGGAUCAGUCUCUUGACUUUCCACAGCACAGCCGACCAAGGCAAGAAAAUUUAACACUCCAGAAACAGUCAGACAUACAAGGGGUAAUACUUGGUGCUAGACAAGAAACUCAGGAAUUGGUCCAUAAGCAAAGUGAAUUAGCAAAAGGACUUUCUUCUCAACAGGUUGUCACCUCAUCUCCUCCAUCCCAGGCAACUGAAUGGGAGAGAUUCCAGGGGUUUGUGACAGUCAAGAGUGAUAAUACGUGUCCCUUAAACCAUUUUAAGACUUCAGGGUCUCAGGAAAGGCUUCUUAGAUUUUCACAACAUAUGCUCCCUCUACAAGAUAUGCAAGAACACCGGAAAUGGGUAGACACAGAAAAAGAUGCCGUUCGGUUUAGUCCACAAACCCAGGAAAAUUCAUCUCAGACUGGCUUUUCCUCAUUUAUACCCUCAUUAGCACAGCGUUCACCUAUGUCCUUACCUUCUUCCGACUCUGGCACAACUCAGGAACCACUUUCAAUGGAGAGUGACAGUAAAGUAACUUCAAGGCAUUUUCAGGUCCCAGAACUGCAGAAUAGGCUUUUGAAGAUAUCACAACUUAUCCAGCCGCAGCGAGACAAUUUGAAGGCCCUUCAAGAAAAAUUAACUACACAAAGAGAAGCCAUCAUCCAGUCUAGACAGGAAGCUCAUUUAGAAACAGUUUUACAUGAACAACGGGGAUGGAAGGACAGACUCUCCCCGCAGUGGGUUGGUGUGUCUUUGCCCCUACAGGCUCAGCACUCUUUUCCCUCAUUACCUUCUGAAUCUGAAAGAACACAAGAACUUUGUUCAGCUAACAGUGCUGAUACAGUACCCUCGAGUCACUCUGAAGUGCUGAGUUUGCCUGAAAGGGUGCUAGGUUUUUCACAUGCAGCUUUACCUCAACAGGGUAAUGCACAGACAUGGAUAAAACACUUACAUGCCCAGACAAAUUCCUUUCCUUCUGCUGAGAAAGUCCCAGAAGACCCAGUGUUGCCCAGACCGUGCUCCUUUGAGGAAGAGGUGUCUACUGAGCAUUUCAUUCAGCCUCAUCAUGGUGAUUUGAAGGCACUUCAGCAGCAGUUAGAUAUGCAAAGGAAAGCCAUUAGAUCUGGCCAGGAAGUCUCCUCUGAGGAGAUUAGCUCCUCUUCAUUUUCAUCCCAGGUUGUACUGCCUGUUGCCAGUUCUGAAGGCACCUUAACCAAGUCUGAUGAUACUGAGGUCUCAACCUCCCAUGGCAAGCUUCUGAGCCUUUCACAGCCUCUUCCACCUCAGCAAGAUAACCUGACCACACAAUUGGACUUAGAAACCGUGUUUCCUAAAGAACUGCUUUUACACAAACAGAGUAACAUGUACAAAAGUGAAUCUGCUGUACAUGCUCUCCCUGCGUUUGUGUCCAGAGAAACGGGGUGUCCCUUCAUCCCCUUACCUUUUGCAGAGGCUAAAUCUAAACGCAUCUCUGAACUGUCCCUCUCUAAAAAUGAACGUGCAGCUCCCUCCAGUGAUUCUGUGAUUUCGAAGCUUCAAGACAGGCUUUUGUGUUAUCCCCAGACUGCCUUAACUCAGCAAGACAACUCGAGUCUUCAGAAGCAGUUGGAUCUGCAGAGAGAAGUUCUGCAGUCUAGGCAAGAGGCCCAAGAAGACUUGCUUCUACAGAGGCAGACAGCACUGCAGCAGCAGGUCCAGAAGCAUCAAGAGACUUUGAAGGAUUUCUUUAAUGACAGUCAGACAAGGAAGUCCACAGUUGAGAAUGAUUUGAAAAUGCAGAAGAUGGAGCAGCUCAGAGAGUGGCUUCCUCACAUCCUGGAUCUAACCUGGGACGAUCGGGAAAGCAUUAGUCACACAGAGAAGUACAGCUCUGAUGGUGACCAGCUGCUCUCCGCAGGUGUCAGUGGUGAGGCUCUGGACCAAGAACUGAGUAGAAGAGCCUCAAAACCGCCCAUAUCCAAAGUUAAAUGUGGUUUGGACGUCGACCAACAUGAGCUUAGCACUAUACAAGAAGUGGACUCAUCCACAAGUGGCAGAGCGUCUACGCCAGGUAAACGAGAUUUCUAUCAUGACAGAGACCCCUUGAGGGUCUCAGUAAGCCGAGAACAAAGUUUCCUGGGGAGCCCACUGGCUCGAGAUUCCUCUGAUUGUCGCCACCCACCAUCCCAGGAGAACACCAGACUACUACUGGAGCAUCAUGACUUUGAUGAAGCAGUUAAGGUCAAGGAACCCAGCAUUGAGGACCAUGAGGUGUUGAGCCAUGCUGCUUCGGAUGAAGAUGUGUGUGCGUGCCUGGGAACAGUUACGAAGCCAGGUGAUAAGGCUGAAAUACAAGAGAUGUCUCAGGAGCCAUUAUCUUCAAUAACUGUUUCCACUGGGAGCUUUUUAAGUUAUGAAAACACAGAUGUGAGCCUUACGGAUCCAGAGUCGUCUUCAGAACAGCUGGACCAUCAAGAACGAGAAUCUACCACCAGCAAGCAGGAGGAAGCAGACCCUUCAAGUUCUGUGGUCCCAGCACCACAGGUUGCUCCUCCGCAGCAGAAGUCCUUAGAUGCUCAUGGGUCUCUGUUACCUGCAGGGGACAGGAGUGCAUCUGACCACGCACACUUUGAGCAGAUCACAGGUGCGGACAUAAAUGAGGCACAAGUGAUUCCUGAAAAGAGAGACUUGCAGACAGAUGACCUUGAUUUUCCGGAAUUGGAACACGUGUUUCCACACUUGCAUCAUCAGCUCUUCAAACCCUUGGAACCACAUGUAGAUUUUGAUCUGUCAUCACCCUUUGGGUUAUCUCAAGACAACAGGGACUCUUACCAGCACAGCUCAGAUUCUUCUGAAAAGCAGCAUGCUAACACAUCAUCUGCAAGCACAGUUUCUUUUACUCCACUGAGAACCCACUUAAAUCCUCUUAACACAAAGCCAGACCAGGACCCUGACAUUAACCUGGCUAAUGCGGCAGAUCAGAGUUUUGUCACAGAAAAUGCAGAGGGAUCUGAACAAGCUUUUCAACAGCUUCUACCAGAAUUUUCUUCCCAGGAGAGCCAGCAUGCUGAUCUACCAAGUAUUUAUAGCAUUGAGGCAAGAGGCACUUGCCAAGGUGUGGAAGAGCAGAACUUUCCUUCUGAAAUGUUACAAAAUAAGAGAAAGAGUGUCCACUUCCAGGCUUCCUUAAGUUCAGUCUGCAGUUCAUCUGAUGAUCAGUUGCAUGUCCAGCCUAGCACUCCACAAGAUUCUAUCUCCAGUGAGUGUUCAGUGAAACAAUUAGAAAACCGAGAAGAAAGGCUGGUCUUUGAAGAGCUAUCCAGAAAAGCAGUUACAAUGCUGCAAAGCCAAAGACUCACUGAAGGUGAUAAUACAGCCUGUAGCAUUUUACCUCAGUUAUGUGUUCCAGCAGUGACCAUGGAAACUUCACUUCAGCCACCACAGUCAAUUAAAAUGGAGACGCCAAGAGCCACAAGAAGCCCCUCUCAACUAACACAACCAGAUCCUGUUGAGUGUUCUCCAUCAUUCCCAUUACAGAGCUCUAUUCCAGUCUGGGAAACAGAAUCUGGCUAUGGGAUAAUGGAAGAACCAGAGCUGACUUUAGUAAGCAUCAGUGACAUCAGUGCUGCUGAAACAGAUUUUGCAAAUUUAACCCUAGAAGAGGGAGAGAAUGAAGCAAACGGCUGUUUCCAGGCAGAAACAGAAACCUCCGAUUAUCCAGUGGAGCCAGAGCUUUUUAUGGGACAUUGCACAGUGAUGGCACCUACAGCCACACCAAGUAGUUUACAAGAAGCAUUUGUAAAAAGAAAAAAGUCAUUUAUAGAACGAUCCUACCAGAGACUGAGAGAGAUACAGAAUAAAGCUCGACUCCCUCAAACCAAAACAGCCAAGGAGACAGGAAUGUCAGGUUCAUCCAGUCACCUGAGGGGUGUGAAUACAGUUAGAGUAUCUCUGCCUGAAGAAAGGAGGUCUGCCCAAGCUCUGGGGCACCAGCAAGCUCUAAGAUUACACAGUCAGUCAGCUGAACUGAAGCAGCAAAGGGAGGAGAAAGCUAAGCAAGAAGCUUGUGCCCACAGCAGAGCAAGGGCAAAAGAAUUUCACAAGAAAACACUAGAGAAGCUUCGAGCCAAAAAUACAUGCUAACUGUGUAAAUGGGUUUUUUGUGUGUGAAAUUAAGCAACUGAUAAUUAUAAAGUGAAUAAAUCUUUAUUUAAGAGAUAUUUCACGAUUUCCCUUCACUGUCCAUCAAAGCUGCAGAAGCUCAAGACAAUCCAGAUAAUCCUGAAGAGAGAAGGCCAUAAAUCAUAAACUCUUGAAACGCAGCAUUUCCCAGGAUCAACAAUACUGAGUCUACUUGUAUCUCCUCAGAACACAGCACUAGGAAGUGCCUCUGGCAUUCUGUGGAGAGCCUCAAUCUUUGGUCACAGCGUUAAGAGCUUUGGGUUUACAGCCCAACAAGCCCUCUUUGAAAUGACCUACAUAUCUUUCUUCAUGUGCAUACCUUUCUCAGAGAAAGGGGUAUUAAUCCAGUUGUGCUUUCAGCCCUGAGAAGAACAAGAACAGCAUCGUAGUCAGCUACAGCACUCAACCUCACACCUCCCCCUUCAUGUAAUGUGCCUUAUUAGCAACUGAGCCAUACAAUAGAUCCAUGCCCCAAAGCAUGCAGCAUGGUUCUGAAAUCCUCACUGAUAAGAUGUUCCCAGCAGGUUGACUGCUAGCAAAGUAGCACACAGAAUACCUGGUGGGAGUAUGUUUUAUGGUCAUGUCCACAGCAAAUGAGAAACUGCAUUCUUAAAGCCUUGGUAAUGACCAUUGUAAGCUUUUUGUCUUUUUGAGACAGGGUCUCCCUGUAGCCCCAGCUGUCCUGGAACUCGCUAUGUAGACCAGGCUGGCCUUGAACUCACAGAGGUCCACCUGCCUCACCACCAUGCCUGGCUGUGAUUUACAUUUUUAAAAGACUUACUUCCCACAGUUUAUGUGAAAGACAUAUUUGUGAUAAUGUCAAAGUUCUCCACCUGUGGAAAAAUGUAAAGGAUUAAACAAAUUCAACGUGAGGCACAUGCACAUUGCAACCUCACCACUCAGGAGGAUGAGGCUACAGAGCAAGACUGUCUUGUUCAAACAUGUAAACCUAAUGGUUAAAGAUGGCUUAAGGCAUCCCACAGGUGGACCGCCCAUCCCACAAACACCCAAAUCCUAAAAUGAUUUGUUUACUCCAGUCUGCAUUUAUAGAAUCCCUCUGACAUGCAUGAUCAAAGACAAAGCCAAUGUGGAUGUUCAGAAAGGCCAGUCUCAUUCAGCCCAUUCAGAGCAGUUGAACAUUUUGCCCAUCAUCACAACAUCGUAUGUCACUGGUCGUGUCUCAGUGCUGGGCAGUGAAACCCCAUCUUUCCUCAUCUAACUGCAAUGCUGUAGCUUACACACAACACAAGUCGUGUAUACUGACAUUGAACAUCUUACCUGAGAUCUGUGACAUCUAAUUUCUUGAAGCCAUUUACUGUAGGAACCUAGAAGGGUCACACAAAGUACUUGACAUUUUGGCAAAUAUUAAAGUGAACACCACGUCAUCACUUCAGCAAAAUGUUACAGGUCUCAUUGUCACCACUGCAAUGCACUUACUGUGAUGGAAGCAGAACCUGUCUCAAUUUAGCCACAUUGACCAAUUCUGGACACUGACAAACAGUGCCCAUUCUCACGUAGAAUGAGGCUAUGGAAGUUCUCCUGUAAAAUUAGCGAUAAACAAUAGGAAAAGAAAGCCUUACCACUUUAGGAUUCAUCUGCUUCUCAAUUGCUGACACCUAGAGAACAGAUGGUACUCUGGAUGAAGACCAUUACGGUGAGGAAGGCUACUCAGCAGAUCAAGCCUGAAGACCUGUGCUUGGUUCCUGGGAUCAACAUGCAAGGAGAACUUUUUAAGUUGCACUCUGACCUCCACAGGAGCAACCCCUCCACAUCCUCCCACAAUAAAUGUAAUUAGUAUAAAAUUUUAAAAAUACACAACUGUAUCAAUAGAAAUACCAGGUUUAAUAGGCACUAAAGCCAAGAAAACCAACGAUGCCAGAUAGUGAAUUUCUAUUGCACUGUUCUUUGAACACACCAGCAGGAGGAAGCUGCUGAGUGCAGAUACCAUGCAGUGCAUGUCAACUUGUUUCUAUACUGUGCGUCUACUAGCACAGUCUCCCUAUCUCCAGCUGUCAUUUAUUUUAGCUAUACAGUCCUGAUCAUUAUCUACUCUUCAUGUACACACCAGAAACCAGGCUAGCCUCAAAGUUCUGAUCUUCCUGCCUGUCUCCCAACUGCUGGGAUUACAGGAUGCUAUACUUAGGAAUAUAUCAUCUUUAAACUUCAGGUCCUUGAUGAAUUAAUGGAAAUUUCACUUACCCAUCUUAAAAAUGAGUUCGACUCAUACUCAUUCCUAGAGACAGUACACAAAGAGA